AUGUCAUUUUCUGUGUCCAGGUUAAGGCUCGCUCUCUCCAUUCCCGCUCUCAAUAUUCUUCCAAUCUCCACUUUCCUUCUUCGAUUAUACUCUCAGCCUCUACCUUCGUUCAUUCCCAAUGUCGACGACGCCAUUUCCUCUUUCAAUCGCAUUCUCUAUAUCAACCCUACUCCACCCAUCUUUGAAUUCGGUAAGAUUUUAGGUUCCCUUGUUAAAAUGAAUCAAAUCCACACUGCUAUUUCAUUUUCACAACAAAUGGAACUCAGAGGAAUUCAACCUAACAUUGUUACUUUAAGCAUCUUGAUUAAUUGUUUCUGCCACCUUCGUCAACUCAAUUUUGCAUUUUCUGUAUUGGCGAAAAUUCUCAAGCUAGGUUAUCAACCAAAUACUGUAACCUUGACUACACUUAUGAAAGGUCUUUGUCUUAAUGGAGAGGUAAAAAAUGCUUUGCGCUUUCGUGAUGAUGUUAUAGCAAAGGGAUUUCAGUUGAAUGAGUUUAGUUAUGGGACUUUGAUUGACGGAUUAUGUAAAGCAGGUGAAACAAAAGCUGCGUUGAUGUUGCUUAGAAUGCUUGAAGAGCAAUUGGUUAGGCCUAGCGUGGUAAUGUACACCACACUCAUUGAUAGUCUAUGCAAAAAUAUGCUUGUAUUUGAUGCAUAUGAGUUAUAUUCCAAAAUGGUUGAAAAGAAUAUUUUUCCUAAUGUUGUCACUUAUAGUACUCUAAUUUAUGGCUUUUGUAUUGUGGGUCGGCUGAAAGAUGCUAUUGGUUUGUUCAACGAAAUGAUAUUGAAAAAUAUCAACCCGGAUGUUUAUACGUUUAAUAUAUUGAUUGAUGGUUUAUGUAAGGGAAGAGAGGUGAAGAAAGCUACAAAUGUGUUGGGUGUGAUGAUAAAAAGUGGAGUGAAACCUAAUGUUGUUACUUAUAGCUCUUUAAUGGAUGGGUAUUUUCUAGUCAAUGAAGUCAACAAGGCCAAAGAUGUAUUCGACACUAUGGCCAGAUGGGGAGUGACUCCUAAUCUUCAUAGUUAUAAUAUUAUGAUUGAUGGAUUAUGUAAGCAUAAAAUGGUGGAUGAUGCUGUGAAGAUGUUUACAGAAAUGCAUACCCGAAAUAUGAUCCCUAAUACGGUGACAUACAAUUCUCUUAUUUAUGGAUUUUGCAAAUCUGGAAGAAUCUCAGAUGUUUUGGAUCUUAUUAAUGAGAUGCGCGAUAGAGGUCAACCAGCUAAUGUGAUUACAUACACUUCCUUAAUAGAUGCUUUGUGCACAAACCACAAUCUUGACAAGGCAAUUGAAUUAUUUACGGAAAUUAAGGAUCGGGGUAUUGAGGUUGAUGUGUACACAUAUACAGUGCUAAUUGAUGGAUUGUGCAAAGGGGGAAGACUUAAGAAUGCGCUAGAGGUUUUCAGGAUACUUCUAAUUAAAGGUUAUCAUCUAGAUGUCUUGACAUAUACUGUUAUGAUCAACGGCCUUUGUACAGAGGGCAUGUUUAAUGAAGUAUUGGCUUUGCUUUCAAAAAUGGAAGAAAAUGGUUGCAUUCCGGAUGCCGUGACAUAUGAAAUAAUUAUUCGUGCUCUAUUUGAAAAAGGCAAGAUAGAUAUGGCAGAGAAACUUCUUAGUGAAAUGAUUGCUAGAGGUCUACUAUAA